AUGGAUGUUAAUAUUGAAAUUGAUGAUCUCGAUAAACUAACCUCACGAAAAAUUCAUGAAAUGACUACAACAAGUAAGAGCACGAUUCUAUUUCUACAAAAAUUGAAACUAUUACCAACACUCCCAACAACAAUUGAGCAAUGUGGUCAACAAAAUAAUCAUGCCUGGUAUUUUGCUGAAUAUAGUAAAUCAAAUGACGGUAAAUAAAAACUGUUACACUACUGUCAUCUUUAAGAAGUGAUAUAUUAAUUUAGUCGCUGUAGGAUUUUUUUGUAUGAGAUGGUCAAUUUCUCACCAAUCACAUUUUUUUUCUGUUCUGUUGAGAUAUACACACUGUGCC